AUGUUAAAUUAGUGAGGAUCUUGCACCAGAAAGUGCUUAUGAACUUUAGCAUUCUUACUCACCCUUAGAGUUCACGUUCUAAGUUAGUAAGCCACAGUACUGAGACAUUGUUUGUGACAUCUUGGAGGUGGGUGCUCUCCAGUAUCCGGUCUUUCCAAAAGACACUUGUCACCUGGCCCGGGGCUCUUCAGUGGCUCAGUUGGAGCCCUUUACGAAGCCCUCCCCCAAGGAGUUUCCUGAUAGCUCUGCACUAAACUGCUCUCCCAAGGUGGGAGAAUUUCUUAAUCCGCAGGCUCUAGGACUACUCGGAGAGGCUGGAUCCGGCGGUCUGACCCAACACCACACCGAAGCACUAGACUGUUGCAGCGCCAUUGGUUGGAGAGGAGCCUGAUGGACAGCACCGCCAGCCAAUGGAAGAGAGCUCUUCCAAAGCAGCCGCCUUCUCAGAGCCAAUCACGUAGGGAUGGGGCUUUAACUCUUGAAAGGAGAGUUCUCAGUGUGUGGGAAAGUUGGUAGUAAAAGUGCCACGUCUUCUUGGGAGGGUUGAGGGAGUCCUGAACUUACCGAGGCCGACGUCGCUUUCGGCACAUUUUAACUCUAUGAAGUCGGGGGCCCUUUCUCUGCUUUGGUAACAUGAGGUUUUUCUUGUGGAACGCGAUCUUGACACUGGGGGUCAUGGCUGUGAGUGGAGCUUUGAUCCCGGAGCCAGAAGUGAAAAUCGAAGUUCUCCAGAAGCCAUUCAUCUGCCAUCGCAAGACCAAGGGAGGGGACCUGAUGUUGGUCCACUACGAGGGCUAUUUAGAAAAGGACGGCUCCCUGUUUCACUCCACCCACAAACAUAACAAUGGUCAGCCCAUCUGGUUCACCCUGGGCAUCCUGGAGGCUCUCAAAGGCUGGGACCAAGGCUUGAAGGGGAUGUGUGUGGGAGAGAAGAGAAAGCUCAUCAUCCCUCCUGCCCUGGCCUAUGGCAAAGAAGGAAAAGGCAAAAUCCCCCCAGAGAGCACACUGAUAUUCAACAUUGACCUCCUGGAGAUUCGAAAUGGCCCAAGGUCCCAUGAAUCGUUUCAAGAAAUGGAUCUCAAUGACGACUGGAAACUUUCGAAGCAUGAGGUUAAAGUGUAUCUAAAGAAGGAGUUUGAGAAGCACGGUGCAGUGGUGAAUGAAAGCCACCAUGAUGCUUUGGUGGAGGAUAUUUUUGAUAAAGAAGAUGAAGACAAAGAUGGAUUUAUUUCUGCUAGAGAAUUCACCUACGUGCAUGACGAACUGUAGGGACACACCUGCCAUUGUAUAUGCGUCCAUCUGUAAAGGGAAGGCAGCACCUUUAAAGGAAGUUGUAAUUUUAACAUUAACAUUCUGUUCUUGCUUUGUUUUUAGUUUUGUACUAUUUUCUGUUAUUUAAGAAACCCCAUAGACUUUGUAAAUAUCCACAUAUUUCUGGUAAGUUAUUGGAAAGAAACAGUCAUCUUUGAGUGGAAGACUUCUGGGCCAUUUCCAUGUUCACACGAAGCUUGUUCGCUUGCUUCCUUCUAAUGGUGACGUAUUGCAACUGGAAACAUGCUGCAACCUAUGAACAGGUUGGAGCACAAUCACUUGCCUGCAUUGCGGCCUCUUUCUGUUUCCUCUAAGUUAGAUGACUGAUGUGUUUAAAAGCUUUUACAAUAGUCCAGGGCUUGCUACUUUCAUGUUAUAGUGAAGUAGCUUUUUCUUUACCUGCCUUUGAGUCCCUGCUUGAGGAGCAUAUGGUGGCCCCUCAUUCCUUAACAGUUAUGGCCUCACUGUGGAGAUGUGCAAUGUUGGAUGAAUGAAGGAGUUAGCAACUCAUGAAUAGGUGCGCAUUGAAACGUUCUGCCAUAGUGGCUAAUGGCCUAGUAAAAUAAGUAAAAUAAGUCAGACAAAUAAUUUGUGUGUUUGUUUCCUUGUGAUCAAUGCUUCAACUAUGGUAGGCGUGGCAGGGAGGUGUAUUUAGAGUCAAUGUUUACUUUAAGGCUACCGGAUUAGCCUCCUGGUUCUUCAGUGUGUAAAGUUUACAGCUGGUAUAUUACUUUGACGGAACACUGCAAAUGAGGCCAACCUAUACCAACUGCUAUCAAUACACUUAUCCUCGGUUUGAACAUUGAUGCUUAUCAUUUUAUCUCAAAUUGCCUUCUAAAAAAUGAUGACUAAUUCUGUUUUUCAAAUUGAUUUUAAUCAAAUUGGUUGUUAUCUUUUUUAAAAAAUAUUUAUUUAUUAUAUAUACAGUGUUCUAUCUGUAUUUAUGCCUGCAGGCCAGAAGAGG